AUGUUACAUCGUUUAAAUACUAUAGCUGCUAGUGUCGGUGUAUUACGUUAUCUUUUAUCGUAUACUGCUGAACAUUGUUUACAACGUCAUCAAUUCGGUAAACCAAUUGGUGAUUAUGCUAGAGUUGAAGAGAAACUUUCAGAAAUUGUUUUAAAUUUAUAUGCAAUGGAAUCAGGUUUAUUUUAUGUGAGUGGUUUACUGGACGCACAACCUACACGUGAUUUGUCAUUAGAAUUAGCUGCUUUAAAA